CAUAGGCACACUUAGGGAGAGUGUUUUUAUAGAAAGCUCAUGAAUUGGUGACUGGACUGUGAGAUAUUAUAAUAAAGAAGAACAGUAAAGAGAAAAAAGGAAUCAAGAAACUCUGUAGACAACUGAUGGUCUAUCCACCUUGUGUUUGCUGGACCCUCCUCUACUAUGCUCAAUCUCAUCAAGCUACCUCAAGUGUUCACCAUCAACCAAGUUCCUAAAGUCUUCCAUGAGGAUGGCAUCAUUUCAGGGUAUCGCCACCCAUGCAGCUCUGCCAAAGACUGUGUGCUUAGUCUUUUCCAGUUAACAAAUGAAACCCUCAAUAUUUGGACUCAUUUUCUGCCUACAUGGUUUUUCUUAUGGAAACUGACAGUAGUACUAGUGCAGGAUGACUUGCAGGAUCCUUUCACCUGGCCCUUGCUGGUAUUCCUUUUGUCAUGCUGCGUGUACCCACUCGCUUCCAGCUGUGCUCAUACUUUCAGUACCAUGUCAGAGAGGGCCAGGCACAUCUGCUUCUUCUUUGAUUAUGGAGCACUAAGCUUCUAUAGCCUUGGUUCUGCCAUCACCUACUCUUCUUACUCAUUUCCAGAUAAAUGGGUCAAUAGCACAUUUCACAAAUACUAUGUUCCUAUAGCUGUUGUCAAUUCUGUUUUUUCCACUGCACUGGCCUGCUACUCAAGACUGGGUUUACCAUUUUUUCAGUAUAAUUAUCACAGCAUUAAAAGUUGUUCUGGAAAAUUAGAUCAGAAACUCAGUAAAUGUGUACGGAUAAUCGCCUUUGUCUAUCCAUAUCUCUUUGACAACAUCCCUCUCUUUUAUAGAAUCUUUGUGUGCGCUGGUGAGGGUUGCACUGUUAAUGAAGCCAAUACUGUUCACUAUCAGCACACGUCAUUGGCUGUCCUCACUGGCUUUCUUUUUGCCACACACCUGCCUGAACGCUUGGCUCCUGGCAGUUUUGACUACAUAGGUCACAGUCAUCAGCUCUUUCACGUGUUCGCUAUUAUUGGCACAUAUUUCCAGAUGACCGCCAUUGAACUUGAUAUGGCUGCACGGAAGCAGUGGCUUCAUGCUCAUUUUCCACCAGUCACCCUUUCAGACACUGUGGGAGCGGCACUCUUUAGUGUGGUCUGCGGCCUUUGUAUAGUAUAUGGCUUCAGUCUGGCACUUUUCUCCACUUGAGGUGUAAAAGACAAAUUCAUUUGAAUUGUGACAUUUGAUUAGGUUACACCGGGCAGCUAAGUUAAUUUCCCUUAAAGGGGUCAUAUGAUGCUUUAAUGUAAAAAAAAAA